CAAGUCCUGCCGUGUCGACUGGCUGGCUCGUUUCGGCCGGCGGCCACGUCGCGAGUUCCCGCGCGUGGUGCCGUGCCGUGCCAUGGUUUGAAGAAAGCUAGCUGUGCGCCUGUGCCUUGUCUGUUGUACACUGGGCGCGCGCCCUCUCAUAUAGGAAAGUACGUGCGUCUCCACUACUGAUCCGCCAUUCCAGGGCGCCAACCCCUCCAAGAUCCGACUUCUCCGGCCGCUCCACCCAAUUUCGUCCUCCUCCCUGGUCUCCCUCCCCGCCUCCCGAUCUCGACAUGAGCGACGCCACCACGGCCCCCGCCGUCGCCGCCGGAGCCGGAGACCCCGCCGUCGACGCCGCCGCGCACAAGCCGGUCGCCCCGUCGCCGGAGACCACCCGUCGGGGCGGCAGCUCCGUGGUCGCCGCCAUCAGCCAGGCGGCGCAGCAGCAGCAGCAGCAGCAGUCGCGGCUGGACGACGACCAGCUGGCGGAGCUCCGGGAGAUCUUCCGCUCCUUCGACCGCAACGCCGACGGCAGCCUGACGCAGCUGGAGCUGGGGUCCCUGCUCCGGUCCCUCGGCCUCACGCCUAGCGCCGACCAGCUCGACGCGCUCAUCACCCGCGCCGAUACCAACUCCAACGGCCUCGUCGAGUUCUCCGAGUUCGUCGCGCUCGUGGCCCCCGACCUCCUCGCCGACAGUUCCCCAUACUCCGAGGACCAGCUCCGCAGGCUCUUCGCCAUCUUCGACCGCGACGGCAACGGGUUCAUCACCGCGGCCGAGCUCGCGCACUCCAUGGCCAGGCUCGGCCACGCGCUCACCGUCAAGGAGCUCACGGGGAUGAUCAAGGAGGCCGACACCGACGGCGACGGGCGCAUCAACUUCCAGGAGUUCUCGCGCGCCAUCACCGCCGCCGCGUUCGACAACAUCUUCUCCUGACCGACCGACAGAGAUUCCCACGAUCCGCAUGGGUGUCGAUCGUCGAUUCAUACCUUGAUCAUGUCAGUUUUCACUUUGUUCUUCUUCUUUUGGGGAGAUUAAUUUAGGAAGGUAUAGAUGAGGUGUGGUGUUCUUGUGAAUAACAGAACAAAAAAAAAGAGAAUCAGUUUAGGGACAAAUUACAUGCAUGAUUGAAUGUGUUCAUCCAUUUCCGUCAGUGUUUGCUUGCAGUCAUGGAGUGCAUAUGUCUCUUGCAUAUUUGCAUGGCAUAGUUUAGUUCCUCUCUGG